UUCUUGUUUUGGCUGUCAAAGUGUUUAAAACAACACUUUUCUACAAUACGCUAAAAGAAAUAAUAAUAAUAAAGAAAUAAAAAAAAAACAACAACUAACAUCUGUGAGUUGAUGAUUCGCGUUAUGUGUCGUCCGUCGUCGAUGUAAUUGUCUGGCACAAACGGUCUAAUCUUAAAUUCUUUCGUUAGUUCGUUGGUUGCUUGUAAUAACAUUUCCUUAUACCACACCACCGGAUAUAAAAGAAAAACAAACAAAAAAAAUUCUAAAUUAAAUAAAACAUUUGUUUUCGUUGCGCGUUAACGCUUUUGAUUAUUGAAUAAAAAUAGACAAAUAAUUUUGUAAAUUAUAAUAAUUAUUACACACACCAUUAACUUAAGGUAUAAGGUGCCUUUUGUUUUUGUUGUUAUUUUGUGGGCAAAUUACCAACCAGAGAUUGUGUUUAAAAGUGAGAGAAGAAGAGAGAACAUUAAACUUGUAACGUGUUGGAGACGCGUGUGUUAAUACCUAAAUUUAGUGGCCCUCCGGUUUAAGUGGCAUUUUAAUGCCAACCGGCGGGUGCCAGUUAGUUAUUUAACAAAACUGUUGAAGGCUGUAAAAAUAAUUGUUGUUUUUUUAAUCAUUUAAACAAUAAAUUGUUUUCUUAUGUGUUUAAACAUUUUGUGAAAAAAACUUGCAAACUUGUUUUAUAGAGAGAAUAGUGAGAGAAAUAUAUUUUUCGAAGAACAUAUAAAAAUCCGCAAGAAAGAAACAAAGAAAGUUAAAAAAGAAAUUGUCUUAAGACUGCCCACUACAAGAACCAAGAGCCGUGAGCUGUGAUAACUUUAGUAUACAAAAUCCAUUUAAGCGAAAGUGUCGAUCACAUUGAUUGUGAAACGAAACGAAUUGUAAAGAAAGACUUGCACUGAACUGGUUUAAGUUUGAGUUUUUUUUUGUUUUUAUAGAAACUAUUGAUAUUUUUUGUUUGGAUUAAGAAAGGAAAUCGCCACCUUCCUUAUACGAAGGCCAAAACGAUUGUGAUAUUAUUUUGGAAGUGAAACCUUAGAGAAGAGAAGGAGAGAACUUAUAUUUUAUUUUAUAUAUUACAAUUUUAUUAGAAACAUUAUACUUAAACUAUAGUUUGUAAAAAAAAGUCUUGUCUUUGGAAAUAUUUUUUUUUUUUUUUUGAAAAACAAAAACUGAACAUUUGGUUACAUUCUAAUUGUCCUGUUUUUUUUUUUUUAUAAAUUACUAACAAUUGCAGAAAUUUUGUAUUUCAUUUAAUUUCUAUUUAUAUAUAACACAUAUAUUUCUUUUUCAACAACUGUUUAAUAAAACAUUACAUAUAUGAAUAACAUUCAACAUAAAACGGCAAACGCAUCAUCAUCAUCAUCAUCAUCCUCAUUAAUAUCAUCGUCAUCAUCAUCAUUGACAUCAUCUGCAUUAAACACACUUUCAUCACAGCCAUCAGCAGCUUCAUCACCACCAUCAUCAUCGCUAAUAACAUCAGGCACGACUGCAUUAACUCCACCAUCUUUAGAUGCAACUUCAUCAGCGUUAGCAUCAGAGUCAUCCUCAUCAUCAUCAUCCACUUCUUCUGCAACCCUAACACUACAACAGACACCAUUGUUGCAUACUUUAGCUCCUACCUCACCUACGCCUCCACCCACUCCGCCUACACCUCCGCCUUCAGCUAGCAAUUCUAAUACCCCAUCCCCACCGUCCUCGCCCUUUGCGGGAAUUUCAUUGAAUUUUUCGCCACCCACUGCUCAGAACUCAUGUGGUAGUGGUAGCGCUUCUACCUCUCCCACUGACGAGGCAGAGGAAACCUGUUCCAAUUCCUGUUGUUCUUAUCCAACUUUUGAGCAAAUUAAGCAAAAACUCAAAAAUCAAGAAUCACAAACCCAACUGACCCUCUUAAAUUCCCUACUACUUUCCUCCACAGCUAACGCCGCUGUCGUCCAGCACAUCCCACAUUCGACUUUAGUAAGAUCUGUGACAGCUACCAGCAUCAUGGAUAUGCCCUACAACACCUCACCUUCCUUACGUGUGCGCACCACUUCGCUUAAUCAGCUCAAGAAAACCGCCGAUCUUGUCAUAGAGAACGAGUUGCACGUUUGCCCCAGUGAAAUGCCCGAUGAAUUGCGUAAACUCUUGCCUCCCACCUCGGAGACCGUGAUGACUAAACCAUUUCCCAUACGUGGCGAGCGAGCCAUUUCCGAUGUCUCCACUCCCCACGUUAUUGCCAUGGUUGGCUUGCCCGCUAGAGGCAAAACUUUUAUCUCGAAGAAACUCGCACGUUAUCUAAACUGGAUUGGUAUCGCUACCAGGGUCUUUAAUUUGGGUGAAUAUCGCCGCCAUGCCACUAGCGCCUACAAAUCUCACGAGUUCUUCCGUGCUGACAAUGAAGAAGCCAUGGCUAUACGCAAUCGUUGUGCCAACCAGGCCUUACAUGAUUCUUGCGAAUGGCUAUUGAGUGGUCAAGGCAGCGUAGCUGUCUUUGAUGCCACCAACUCUACAUAUGAUAGACGUAAAUUAAUACAUGAGAUUGUGGUGAAACAACAUGGCUUCCGUUUGUUCUUUGUCGAGUCCAUUUGUGAUGAUCCUAGCAUCAUUGAGCAAAACAUUAAGGAGGUCAAAGUCAGUUCUCCUGAUUAUAUCAACAUGAAUACCGACUUAGUAGUGCGUGAUUUCCUGCAGCGUAUAGAACAUUAUGAAGAACGUUAUCAACCUAUCGAUGAGGUUAAGGAGGAGCAUUUAAGUUUUAUGAAAAUCUACAAUGCGGGCAAAAAGGUAGUCGUUUACAAUAACGAGGGUCAUGUAGAAUCACGCAUUGUUUACUAUUUGAUGAAUAUACACAUAACGCCCAGGACCAUUUAUCUCACCCGUCAUGGUGAGUCAGAGCAUAAUCUCAAGGGCCUUAUUGGUGGAGAUUCCAAUUUAAGUGAGCGUGGUCGUUUAUAUGCUAAAGCUUUGUCGGCCUAUAUAGAGCAACAGAAUAUAGAAGGCUUAAGAGUUUGGACCUCCUGGAUGAAGAGAGCUAUACAAACAGUGGCCGCUGUUAAGGCUCCACAAGAACGUUGGAAGGCUCUUAAUGAAAUCGAUGCUGGUCAUUGUGAAGAAAUGACAUAUGAGCAGAUAAAAGAAAACUUCCCCGAAGAGUUUAGCGCCAGAGAUCAAAAUAAAUUUGCCUAUCGCUAUCCACGCGGUGAGAGUUAUGAAGAUUUGGUAGCUCGUUUAGAGCCCGUUAUCAUGGAAUUGGAACGUCAAGGCAAUGUUUUAGUAGUUUCACAUCAGGCUGUUUUACGUUGCCUGUUUGCCUACUUCCUGGACAAGUCGGCCGAUGAAUUGCCCUAUCUGUAUGUGCCACUACACACUGUGAUCAAAUUGACACCAGUGGCCUAUGGCUGUAAGGUGGAACAUAUUAAAUUACCCAUCGAUGCAGUCGAUACACAUCGUCCUAAGCCCAAGAUACCCGGAGAUGUUUCAUUAGGUCUUGAUGGAUUAAGCGGUGAGUUGGUAGCUCCUGAUGGUGUGGGUAAGGUGUUGAUUGUGGGCGAUGAUGUGACUAAGGCGACUAACGGCGGUAUCAUAGGCAAUGGCCUAGUUGCAUCCGUUUCCUCAGACACGAACAACACCAUCAGCACCACAACCAACACCCCUUCGGAUGGUAAUGCUAAUAACACUAAUAGCGUUGCCAUCCAUCAGUGACAUUGUUGCCAACACAAACGCGUUCUAAUCAAACGUGGACUGCUGGCUCAGUUUCAUUUGAAUCGUUUUAAUACAUUAUAAUUCGUAGAAAUUCAAUCAAUCAAUCAAUUGUCGUUUACAAUUUACAAUAAAAGUUUUUUUUUUAAACAUAAAGAAAUGUAAAUCAUUUAAAUAAACACAUUUUUUUCAAACGUUUUUUUCCAACCCAAAACAAAAAUUGAUGACACUUUAGAUUUUUUUAAUGGUUCUUUUUAAAGAUUUUUUUUGUAAUGGCAGCUGGACCACUAAAGUACUUUGGACUAAGUAGAUUUAAUUAAAAAUAGUUAAAAAAGAUCUUUAUACAACAAACUUUCUCUAAUUAAAGAAUUUGCAUCAAAAUUCAUAUUUUAUUUAAAAUUCAAUACAAAUUAUUUAAUUUUUCUUUAAUAAAACAUUUUGGAGUCAAUAAAUUGUUCUAAAAUAGUUUAAACCUUUCUUGCAGCUAAAUAUAAAGCCAUUUCUUAAUUCUUAAAUUACACUGUACAACAAAUUUUUAACCCAAAGCCUAAAAUUUACUGUUUUAAAGGAUUGAGCACGCGUUGAAUCCUGAUUUAUUGUAUCUAUCACAUCAGGUUUUCUAGAUACCGUGCGUUUGAAAAUCACCCGUUUUUGGACAUGUUGGAGACGCUAUAGCAGCUCGAACACCCUUCUAUUUAUAAAAUUUGUUAUCUUUUCAGAAAGACCAAAAUCUGUCGACUUUAAAAUAAAGAAAUUUUUCGAACUUCAUAAUACGAUAUCUGGAAAGCCUCAUGUAAUGGAUAAAUUCCUUGGAAACGUAUACUUUGUGUUUUUGGUUUAACAUUUUUCAAAUUUUGUUGUCCUGUGUUAUUUUAAAAUUAAAGAAAUUGUAUAGGUGUCAUCUGUUUUUAUUAUCAUAAUAAAAAACGCCAUUUUAGAUUCAUGUUACCAGAUGAUUAUGUUGUUAUGUUAUUGCCAUUAAAAUUUAAACAAAAUUUCAUUUUAAUGUUCAUAUUAGCUCCUGAAAAUCAUUUUGUGUUAAAAUUUCCUUAUGUCAUUGAAAUUUAAACUUAAUUGUUGAAAAAUGAACUAAAUUAGUUAAAUUUUACACACAUCGCUCUUAACUACUUAAACAUAAAAAUUAGAGUAGACUAAAAGAAAAAUUCAACCCCAAGGGUUUUGAAAAUGUUAAACAAAUAGAAAUAUUAAAAGACAGAAAAAUAAUCUUAAAAAGGCAACAGAAUGAAUAUGUAGAAAUACCUACAAUUAUUAUAUUGCCUUUAACAUGUUUUGUUUAAAAAAGUUUUUCCUUUUUUAAUUAAAAUUUAUUACAAGUUUAAAAUGUUAAUAUCUAAUAGUUAUAAACAUGACUGAACUACUUUCUUUUGAUGUCUACAAAAUUAUACUUUAUUAAACAUUUUUUCUGCCUUUGAGUGUAAAGUUUCCUUUUUUUUAAUAAAAUAAUUAAUUGUUCUCUGUUUUAUUAUAUAUAUAUUUUUUCUUAUUAAAUUCAUUUUUGUGCUCGAAACGCAGAGACAAGACUUUUCGACUGAAAUUAAUGUUAACUUAAUGAAAAUAAAUCAUGUAAACUUAUUAUUAAAUAAAUAAAAUACUUAAUAUAAUUUAUUAUAUAUAUAUAUUUAUAUUAUUGUAUAUCAAAACUUAAAAACAAAAUCCUAUAAUUGUAAACAUUUGAUUGUGUCUCUGAUAUAUUUUCUUUGUACUAGAUUAAAAAAUAAAUAAAACUUAUAUUUCAAAUAAAUACAA